GAAGUAGUGUUGUGUUGUUCGUCAAGUCUUCCCUUCCAAAUUUAUAGCCGAGUCCAUUGAAACGGUUUGAAAGAAAAAGUGUGUUCUUUUAAGAUCUAUGGGCAAACCAAGUGGACUCUCCAUUGAUUCAGAUCCAUUCUUUCUCUUCUUUUCUUUUUAUCCACUCUUCACCUAAAUCAACCACCACCACCACCACCACCACCACCGUCUCGCCGCCAUGGACGCCGCCGCCCCUUCCCUUUCCUCCUCUGCCCACUCCCACUCCCCUCCAAUUUCCGGUUAACCUCAAUUCCACCUCCCCGAUCCCACGAUUCUCCUCCUCCGCCGCCCCUCCUCCCCUCCACCGCCCCCGCCUCCUCCCCCUCCUCCACCGCUCUUUCUUGACGAAAUGAACUUCUUCCCCGCCGAUGAUAAAUCCCGCGUUCUUCUCUCUGCUUCUCACUCCAAUCUCACUCCAAUCAAACUCGACUUCAAUGUUAACACGGGGUUGAAUCUUUUGACGACGAAUUCCUGUAGCGAUCAAUCCAUGGUAGACGAUGGAGUUUCACCAAACCCAGAAGAAAAAAGAGUAAAAAAUGAGAGAGCAGUUCUUCAAGCUGAAUUAGAGAGGAUAAAUUCAGAGAAUCUAAGAUUAAAAGACAUGUUAAAUCAAGCGACGACCAAUUACCAAGCGCUGCAGAUGCAAUUCAACACACUAAUUCAAACUCAGAAAACAGAGGAGGCUGGUGACCCGAUUGAGGAAAACGCCGACGGCGGCAGAGGGAACAAUAACAACAAUAAUAUUAUUAGUAAUAAGCUGGUGCCCAGACAAUUUAUGGAUCUUGGACUGGCAACCAAUAUGGAAAUGGAUGAGCCAUCGAUGUCGUCAUCGGAAGGGAGAAGUGGAGAGAGACCCCGGUCACCGGGAACCACCGGAGAAGUAGCGUCCUCGAAACGGCAUAGCCCAGAUCAAUCUUCCAAUUGGGGUUCCAAUAAUAAUAACAACAACAAUAAAGUUCCUAAAUUCAAUUCUUCUUCGGGUAAAGAUGUGGAUCAAACUGAAGCUACCAUGAGAAAGGCUAGAGUCUCCGUUCGAGCCAGAUCAGAAGCACCCAUGAUAACAGAUGGAUGUCAAUGGAGAAAAUAUGGACAAAAAAUGGCGAAGGGAAACCCUUGUCCACGAGCUUACUACCGGUGCACAAUGGCCGCCGGCUGCCCAGUUAGAAAACAAGUACAAAGAUGUGCAGAAGACAAAACAAUUUUGAUAACCACCUACGAAGGAAACCACAACCACCCAUUGCCGCCGGCUGCCAUGGCAAUGGCUUCCACAACUUCAUCGGCGGCCAGAAUGCUUCUAUCAGGAUCCAUGUCAAGUGCAGACGGUUUAAUGAACUCAAAUUUUCUAGCAAGAACCCUAUUGCCAUGUUCUUCAAGCAUGGCUACAAUCUCAGCCUCAGCUCCAUUUCCCACUGUCACAUUGGACCUAACUCAAAACCCUAAUUCUUUAUUCCAACGCCCCACCACCGGUCACUUCCCGAUCCCGUUUGCGGCCGGUCCACCCCAAAACUUCCCGCAGAUCUUCGGACAUGCAUUGUACAAUCAAUCAAAAUUCUCCGGCCUCCAAAUGUCGAAGGAUAUUGAGGCACCACCGCCACCUCCACCACAGCAAAAUCCAUUGGCCGACACAUUGACCGCAGCGGGUGCAGCGAUCGCUUCCGACCCGAAUUUCAUUGCUGCAUUGGCUACGGCGAUGACGUCGUUGAUCGGCGGACCGCAUCAUCAAAAGGAGAAUGGUAAUGGCAAUAGUAAUGUUGAUAAUAAUACAAGUAGCAACUCCCAACAGUAACACCAAGAACAACAACAUGAUUCAAAGGUUAUAAUUGCCAUUUUUCAGAACCAAGAAAAGAACUUUUUUUUUCUUUUUUAAAUAUAUA